AUGGCGUCGUUCAGGGAACGCUUCGAGGAAGUCGAGAAGACCUUCGAUCUCUCCCGCGCUCUGCCAGUCAUACAGAAUGUGCAGCUCGAGGCAGCCGGCAUACAUGGCGACUUUGUGCCGACGAAAGUAAAGAUCAAGAUCAUAGAUUCGUUAAGCUACGCCACUUCCACUCCGGGUCUCAGCGGCGCUGCCGUCCUGGAUGUUGCGUGGCAGGAUAUCCCAUCAAUUGAGUACUGGAAGUGGCAACGCCUGGUACCGGCGCUCGCUUCAGUGCUACCGGGUUUCGAGCUCACGCACCCGAACAGACAUGGGUUCAAUGUGACACUUCAUCGGUCCAUUUCCAUCGCAUACUUGAUUGGUCCAGUAUACCUUCGCCCCGAUUUCAGCUUGAUGCCCCAGACAUCGCGCAGGUGGACCACUGGCGAACUCUUGGCAUUUCUGAGUACCAUGAUUCCAAGCGAGUUCUUCGACAUGCCUGCCACGAACGUGAUCGUCCAGACCGUGACUGGAGCCAUCAGAUUCCUCUGGGGAUACCUGAGCCAGGGCAGAUCGUGCUGGGGAAAGUACAUGAUUCCUUCUGAACCAUUUCCAUCUUCGCCCGCAACACCGCAGCCACGCGCAGCCCCGAGUAAUGAUCAACAACAGUCGGCAAGAUACGACGGUAUCCCUCCAGUCUAUGCCAGCGCUCCCGAUGGUCGCCUUCUUGGACUUCCUAGUGCACCCACGGACAGCUCCAAAGAUCGACAGACCGCGUCACGCAAUUCUUUGACGACUCAGACCAGCCCAACUGCGCCCACCAAAUAUGAUUCCAGUGAUGACGAUGACAGCAGUCUGAGUAGCUGGGAUGAUGACGAUUUUCUCGCAAAAGCCCUUGGUAAAUACGAAGAGCCUAUCGAGAAGACAACCGCCAUCGUCAAACCCAGCUCUGCCAAGUCGACCCCUGCUGCGACAAGCAGCAAGAGGAAGGGCCAUGUCGACAGCGAUUCCGAUGACGAUCAAGCUCGCCCUGAGAAACGCUCGAAGGUAGCCAAGAAAGCUUCGAGUUCUUCUACCAACAUCCAGCCUACGCCAAAGGCUUCCACUGCUACACAUAGUUCCAGCACACAGCAUGGCAUUUCGCAAACAUCUACGCGCAGCAGACCAAGCGCAUCUACCAAGGGCAAGAAGACUGUCUCCCGUAGCAGUCACAGCAGUGGUAACGUCACAUCUGCAGCAGAUAGCGACGCUCAAUUGCCUGUGAGACCGAAGGUUGGCGCCGAGCCGCUUAGAGGAGAUGACCAUGCAGAACAGGACGACGACAUGUAUGGUAGAGAGGAACUCAGGCUGGAGAGAAAAAAGAAGAAAAAUCGGAGGGGCGGCAAGAGAUUGAACAAGCACGCCGACCAAGACAAGGACAUCUCAGCUGGACUUGAAGCACGAAUUGAACGCCCACAGGAGGUCGAUCCUGCCCAAUUCACUCAAGGACUCGAACGCGUGAGCAACUCUUCAGACGAUGGAGCAUCUGUUGAAAGACUUGCCGAAUCCAGGCCGCUCGAAGACCGAAUCGAGAAGCCUGCCACUACGGGUUCGAAACCAAGUGGCACAACCUCAAUUGCUCCAGCGCAGCAGACUACAACACCUCCCACGAUCGAUCUGACACUAAGCCCCAGCAUCAAGUCCGAAACACGAGAAGAGUCCACGGCUGCUCGGGUAGAAGAUGCUGUGCCAUCGUCCGCAAGCCAGGCAACGAGCAGCCCGAAGCUCAAGACUCAACGUGUCAUGCGCACCAAGGUUCUCGAUCGGCUCAAGCAAACCGAGCAGGAAGAAAAGGAAGAACUGCGUGCUGAUCUGAAGAAGAUGCGUAACAAGAGAGACAAGUUGCAGAAGAGUGAUGGCAUUGUCCGGUCGAUCUUGCAGUCCCAAUCACGCUACCUCACUGCCGAGGAUAUCGAGGAGAUGGUCGUCAGAGUAGAGGAGGGAAGUACACCGGACAACGCCUAUAAAGCCGUCAAGGCGAUGGCGCAGCUCCGUGCCAGAACUCAGGGAUGA